AUGUUGUUCAAGAGAUUAAUUUUACCAUUUUUAGUUUCUGCGGUUAUUGCUGAAGAAGAAUACAACCCAGAAUUUGAUACUACCAUUAUCAGUACUAUUACAAUUACUAGAACUUUGUAUACACCAGAAGAAUCCUUUAGUUUACUUUCAGUUGCUUCAGUUGAAUCUGAAUUAUCAGUUGCUUCUGAAGCUUCUGUAGCUUCAGUUAUUGCUGCUUCUAUAGCUUCCGAAAGUUCAGCCAGUGUUGCUAGUAUUGCAAGUGUUGAAUCUGAAUUGGCUCUUGCUAGAGCCACUGAAAUUAAAGAAGUUCUUGAAUUUGGUUAUAAUAAUACUAUUUCAAAUUCAACUUUUGAAAAUUCUUCAAGUACUGUUAUUACUACAACUUCUACUUCAACGAGAUCUGGUCCAAUUACUUCAACUAGACGUACUUCAACUACUCGUAGUUCAGUAUCUACAUCUUCUGUGGAAUCAACUGAAUCUUUAUCAAGUUCAGUUUCUUCUCAAGGUGGUGCAAUGGGUACUUAUUCUUAUCCAAUGUUAUCUGCUGGUAUUCUUGCUUUUAUUGCUGCUUUAUUAUAA